GGCAGACUUUGAUUAAUCGAAUUAAGAACCUUUUGGUUUUUGUGCAAGUUGCAACUUGUGUUGAGUUUGGUGGAUUCCAAGCUCGUGAGCUCUUGUAUUGUAUCGAUUGAAUAGUCACUUCAAUCGUGGUCGGGCAUUUACCUUUUAUACCAAUCGAGCGUUCCCCAGGUGUGGAAUCGUCCUUUUGGUUUUGUUUUAUCCAAGUUCGUAUUAAGAACACUUCGUUCUUGAUUCGAGCUCAAUUGAUUCUUCGAUUGAGUCGUUAGCUGCGUGACUUUGAUAAACAUACACCCCCCAGGGGCAUAUUAAGUGGUAUCAGAGCUUCCGGUUCAAAUCAGUGGCGAUUUUUGAAGAAUUCUACAGCAAAAACAGGGCAGCCAUGGUGGUCGAAUUGGAGCAAGCUAAUUUGACGUCAUACACGCGCUGUUUGGUGGCAGAGAAAGUAUGUUCUGUGGUUUUCAAUAGUAAGAGCAGAUCGAACUUGAUUAGCACGAGGGCAGUCUCUAAAUUGGGGCUACCAACCCAUAAGCAUCCAGCCCCUUAUUUAUUGCCAUUGUUGGAAGAAGAAGGUUCUGCUUUCGUGACAGAACAAGUUCUCUUGCAAUUCAAAAUUGGGAGCUAUAUAGACGAGGUUCUCUGUGAAAUAGUGCCUCUAAAAUUGACUCAUGUCGUGCUUGGCAAGCCUUGGCACUAUGAUCGCAAUGCUCAAUGCAGCAGAAGAACGAAUCACAUCAGGUUGAGGCAUUGUGCGAAGCUUUUUGCUCUAAAGCUUCUGUCGCCAGAAGAAGCUGCUGAAGAUCGAUCAACCCUGCUACAAAAGCUCCGUGACGAGGAGGAACAAGCUAAGGAAGUGGAGGAUUCAGCUUGGGAGAAGCCGUUGAAGGAGCCGGAGUUUCAGCGCGUUGAAGAAAACCAGCUCGUCGGAGCUGAAGAACUCUGUUUUCUGUCAACAAAGCAGGGCAUGAGAGAGAGAGAAGUGGGUGGAGACUUGGGGACUGAAUCAAUCGAAGCCGACACCGCCAACACACUCGUGGAAAGCCCAGUAACGAAUACGCUGAGAGAAAUCGCGUCAAAACAAGCUGAAUCGCCGCAUCCGAUUCAGAGUAGAACUCCCCUGGAAACGGCAGAACUCGACAUGAAAAUGCUUGAAUGAGAUGGAGAUUCUUGGGUUGAUUCGACACCAAAGGCUGUUGUGGGAUCAUUUAAAACAAUCCCCGGAAGCUAUAGGAUCGUUCAAUUUACCGCGAAGACCCCUGAAUUGAAAACGCCCAAUUUGGGAAAUUCAAACCGAAUUGUGAAGAAUGUCGAGUGCAAGAAUGGUGAAUCGGAUGUAGCAUUUGAGCAAGAAUCGAGACAGUCUGACACUUGGGAUCGAUUCCUGGAGUUCCAAGGAUGGUGUAGGUGCAAAGAAACCGGCACGAAAACACCUGGGUUAAAAUUCCCCAAUUCCAGUUGUGGGUCGCCGGAAUCUGGGUUUGAGCUGCCGGAUUCUGGGAAUUCGAAUUUUUCAGGUGGCGGGAAGUUUGGGAAUCAAGAUUUGCGACGAGUCGGAGAGAAUCGAAGCGUGGGAAUGGUGGAAAUAAUUCAUGGGAUUCCGGAGAGUCGAAGUUGAUUGAUGAAUUCGACCAAGACAGCUCCGAGAAGAAACACCCAAUUUUGGAGCCCUCGCCGGAAAAUAUGCAUUUUUUUGGCCGGAUUCUGGAAAAUUGCAAGGCCUUGUUUAGGGUCCGAUUUUGCACACUUUUUUCCGUGGGGAAGGUCCAUUGGAGCCCAACGAUUGCGUUGAAGCUCAAAUCAUGGCAAACAGCAGCAAGAUCACAAUUCGGCAAUGAUUUGAAGUUCGACAUUACAAGUUCGAGGUACCUAUUUCGUGACUCGAUUUGGGAAGCAUUUUGUGACAUUUUUUACAAGAAAAAGCUUCAAGCUUUGAGGUCAAAGCUUUUUGAAGAGGGGGAGCCUGAUAUGAUCCCAGUUGGAUCAAUCCACAAUUCACAAUUGCUUUCCAAAGAAGUCAUCUCAACUCACUUGAAGAAUUCUGAUUUUUGGCCGAGUGUUGAAACAGUUUCAGGUAGCCUACUUUGAAAGCUUGUAUCUCACACAUGGCUCAAUCAAAAUGGGAGAUCUAGAGCUUGUUUUGAAUAUAAUGUUAUUAUGUUU